CACACCAAUGGAUUUGCCAGUGGAGCUUCUGGAACAGUGAACUGCAACAGAGAGGCAUGUGCAAGAUCACGUGCUCUCCCACCCAGCAAUAUGCAUGCAUUGGUCGACAAGGGAGGCGGCGCGUGGCAGCAUUUCCACUUGCACUUGGUCGUAUAAUGCACUGAUCACUGAUUGAUAACUUAUCUGAUCCACAACGGUUAUGAACAGCUCACCAGAAUGCUUCCAAAAAAAAAAUGAACAGCACACCAGAAUUAAAAGCUGCAUAUAUAUUUCAUUUUUCUUCCUCCUUUUUAAAACAGCAUUUGUCUGUUUUUGGCAGAAAGCACCGAGGAUUGCGUGUGAGAAGACGAUGAAAACAUGAAGGCCUUUUCUGAAUUUGUUUCUUUCCCGAGCUCACAUCAUCUUUUCUUUUAGAUAGGAAGACCGGCUAUAUAAAUCAAAGAUAGUUUAGAUGUUUAUAUAUAUCUUUUUGUUCGGGAAGAAGCUUUGGAGGUUAUGGCGUCCACUGUCAAAGAAGCUUCGGAGCAAGAGCAAGCAGCCCCACGAUUGCAGAUUUACUCCACCUCUGAUACUAUCUCAACUUUCUGGAGAGAAAAGUAUGAAAAGGAUGCCAGGAAGUACUGGGAUGUGGUUUACAAGCGGCAUCGAGAAGUUCUUUAAAGAUCGGCACUACCUGGACAAGGAGUGGGGCAAAUAUUUCUCGGGCGCUGGGCGGAAAGUUUUUUUAGAGGAAUUGGCUGUGAAGCUGGAAACACUAUUUUCCCACUGGUUGCGAUGUAUGCAGAUGUUUUCAUCCAUGCAUGCGAUUUUUCAAAAAGGCUGUUGACUUGGUUAAGGUGUGGUUUUCUUGUGCAUUUACUUGCUAGUUCCAUGGCAAAGGAUAUUAAUAUGUUCAAGGAUGUUGCUUAUGUUUGACUAAUAAAAUACACGUAGUAAAAAAAUAGUAAGUUCAGUUUAGGUUCGUAGUUGGUACUGAAUAGCCGUGACAAGUGAUGCACAACGAGUUUUUUGUUGUUAUCCCAGACACAUAAAGACUUCACAGAUACCCAUGUUAGCGCAUUUGUUUGUGAUCUGCCAUUGAUGAUCUAAGCAAGCAGAUUUCUUCAUCUUAUGUGGAUAUUGUAACCAUGGCAUAUAAAUUGAACAUAUUGAGCAACUUUCCCCAGUGGUUAAAUUUCACGAGUGAUCUAUUUUACGUAGAAGUUGCUGACUUGUUAAGUAGAUUUUUGUGUUAUCUGCAGUUUCUCCAGAGAAGACGCCUCUAUUAUUAAAGAAUAUUAGGAAAAUUCUCAAGGUAACUGAUAAACUUCAAUUUCAAGCAGCUAUUUUUAUUUAAGUAGUCCAUGCCUCUUCAUAUGUGAUGAAAUUUGUGGAUUGGCCUCUUGCCCAAAUGGUCGUGUGCUGUUUCGUAACUAUUCUGUUGGCGACCUUUCUCAGGUUGAUCUUCAAUAUGCGUGUAUUUUGAAGUUCAUCCUUAUUAUCGAUUGAUUUUUUCCCCUUUUGAAAGAUGCAUGGUUAUAAGAUAUGGAAGUUUGUUUCUUUGUUAUUAUAUUGGUAAUCGACAGGAAACAUUGAAUUGCAAGGACCAAAAGAUAAGUGAAAACUUUUAUGUCUAGGGGUGACGGCAUGUAAGUUUUUCUGGCAUGUGCUUGUACAUUGAGCUACUUUUUACUUUUUUCUCAGUGCACAAUCUUGGUUGUGAUCCCUUAUUAUUUCCAGCGUGCUUUCUACUUUUCUAAUGAGUUCUUAACGAGGUCAUUUUCGAUGUUGAAGAACUUGAUUUGUGCCGCAAACAAGUUGAGAACCGGUCAAGGGAGUUGGUUAUGAAUCGGUAAACUGUAAAACCAUUUUGUGAAUGGCAAUGAAUUAUGCCAAGCAUUAUUGAGAGAAUAGUUGACUUGUCAUACAAGUUAAUGAAAUCUCUAGGAUUUGCCUUAAGGAAAUAAACAUAUUGGAGUCCUAAUUACAUGCAAUCAAGUAAGGGCCUUUAUUAAGUAAAUACAAGGAAUGAGAGUCAUGAUGAGACUUAACCUUAUUGAAGAGAUAGAGAUUAUCACUCUUACUGAUAAUAGGCCGGUUUGAGUGAAACUCUAAUAUGAUAAUGUGAGGAUAUAUACAUAUAUAUAUAUAUAUCAGCUGAAGAAGUCCCUGCUUCCACACAAUUAGAUUCGAAAACUAAACCCUAUUCAAUAGUAGAGAUUGUUGCUGUGUGCUGGAAGUAGAAGACUACUUCUAUUAUUCAUUCAAUGGCGACUCUAUCAGGUAAGUCAUCAUUGCGACUAAUGUGAUGCUAUGAUUUGGUUGUUAAUGAUCUGUUUGUUCAUGUUGGUAAUCCUAACACUUUGUUGGUGAUAUUGUUAGCUUAAUUCUUAUGUAAUUCUUACAUGUGGUAUCAGAGCCACCCAACGUGGCUGGGGUUCUUUAUUUUUACUAAAGGAACUGAGGUAUAUAUUUGAUUCUGGUUAAAUUAAUGCUUCCGCUAUACUCUAACCAAUUCAUCUGCAAUUUCUUUUAAAAUCAAUUGCAUGAUGAAUAAUUACAUGGUAUUCUUCGAGUUGUGUUUGUUACAUUUAUGCAGAGAAGUACAUCCAUUCAGAGUAAUGAAAACACUUGGAUGAUCCUGGUUAAAUGCUUCCGUAAUCCUGAAUGAGUUUGUUGUAAACUUGCUGCAUAUUUUGCACACAUCAAAACUGGUACUUUGCAUAUUGACUAAUUGCUUCCAUCCCUAAUUAAUUAACGUAUACAUACAUAUACAUGCUUGUACAAAUCUUUCUCGGAAGAAAUGCUUGCAGAAUGGCAUCAAAUAGAAAGAGUAUCAGACUUCAACAAAUGAAGUAAAACUUUAGGAAUCAAUAUCAUUUAUCUAUCACUAAACGACUUGACAGAUAAAUUGAUGAUUGAUUUUAUUUUGGAUGAACCAUGUGAGUGUUUGCUCAAUGGUUCGUGGUUAGAGGUUCAACUGAUUAACAUAAGCUUGAGACGCAAAUAUUUUUCUGGUGGCUUUUGGCUCUAUUCAGCGUUUUUUCAUUUCAAAUUCUCUCCGGAAAGUUAUGAAAUUGUUCUUCGCAAUUUAAUCUCUACCUAAUUUGGUUGAAUUGAAAUUAAGCUUUUGGUUCCAAUUAAAUCGAUUAAGUUAAGAGUUCAUGCUUCUGUUUAUGUUUUAAAAUUUAAAAUUUAAAAUUGGUAAGUUCUCUAUUACAAUCUUGUGAUAUUAUUUUGAGUUGAUAGAAAUUAACCUUAUGGAUACUAGUUUCCUGGGUGAGCCAUUGUAUAUGAUUUCAUACUUUAAAUUUUGGAUUAUACCAUGGCAUUAACAUGUCGUAUGCGCCUCACAAUUUCAUAUCUUAGUUGAAUUUAUGAACUAAUUCUACAGAAAUUUAUAAGGUUUAGGAAACUUUUCAAGUCCCAAAUCUCUAGAUCUUGAGAAGCUUGAGUUAUAUAUAUCUGAUCUUGAGAAGCUUGAGUUAUAUAUAUCUUGUUCACAUGUUUUUUUGGGAUUUUCAUACUUCCAUUCACUCUUAUUCUAUUAUUAUUCAUGAAUCUAUUACCCUUAUAUUCAAGAGAAGAAUUGCAGUGGUAGUGUUGAGAUUUUCUGCCUAUAUUAACUUAUAUUUUAAUUACAUUGGCUUAUUUAUUGCAUGAUUUAACAUUGUAGUCCGUUCCAUAAUUUUUUGGAAUGAUGAAUUAAAGGAUAGUAGUGUGGCUUUUGCAUUGAAAUUUCUUAACAAAUUUGGAUAUUUUGCUAAUGUAGACUUUAAGCAAAGUUGUCUAAAUGACUAAAUCUUUUUCUUUUAUGGUGAAAAAGGGAUGCCUUGCUUGUUGUAAUCACCAAAAGAAUGAAAUUUUUGUUACCUAUAUGCAUUUUGUGUAGCAAGCAUAUAGUGAGUGGUCAUUGUUUAACCAAAUUCUCAUCAACGCAUAUUGAUCUCAUUUUAUUGUGAUCUCUGAUUAGAAGAUUUUGUAAAUUUCACUCACAGCUCUAGAACAAUAAUUUGAUAAAUUUUCCUAAAUCCAAUUUUGAUGAAAUUAUGUCAUGUUAUGUUAUAUAAUGAAUUCUAUACAUGGAAAAAUUUUCACAGUCUUUCGCACAAGAAAUUGAUUUAUGGUUAAAUUUUAAGUGUGACACUAUGUUGCUAAAAUUCUGCACCAUAUAGUCUAUUUGUGAUAAUUUGUGACAUUAUUUUGAUAUAUCUAUGUAACUCAAAAAUUCAUGAACUUUUAGUGUGAUAUACAUUGAGAUGUUUAUUUCAAGUCUGGAAAUUUUCACGCGCAUUGGUUUUAAAAUGAAUUAUUGGUGAAUUUUUAAUUUCAGGAUUGUACUGUAGAAUUUACGCAGUUUCUGCAGUACAUUCCAUUUCAAUUUUAUUUUAGCCCACUUUUAAGAUUGCAAAAAUUAUGGAACUUUAGCUAACAGUAAAUUUAUAUGUCUACUUAAUUUCUGGAAAAUUUAAUGCAUAUUGGAGAAAAUUUUGAAUUUUUUGGUGAAUUAUUUAGUCUUCGGUAUGUACUAUAGAAUUUUUGUAGUUUUUGCAGCACAUCCCAUUUCGUAUUUUCUUUUAGUACACUUGUAAAGUCUCAAAAAUUAUGAAAAUUUUGGGAAUUAAGAGACUUGUAUGUUUACUUAUUGUCUGAAAAUUUUCAUGCAUAUCGAUGAACAAUAAAUAUUAGGUGAAUUUGUAAUCUCAUGUAUGUACUGAACAUUUUCUGCAGCACCUCUCUUUUCGAAUUCAUUUUUGGCUCGCUUAUAAAAUUUUAAAAAUCAUGAAAUUUUGCAAAACAGUAGUCGUAUAUGAUUAGUUCAUGCUUAAAAUUUUUCAUGACAAUCUAAAGAGAAUUGAGUUUUUAGUGAAUUUGCAAACUAAAGUGGUAUUGCUGAAUUUUUGUUUCUUCAAAAACUAGUUAUGUUAACUUAUGCAAUAUUGUUUUCACUAAUUUGUGCAUAUCCAAUAUUACCAAUUGUUUGACAUGUUUAUUUGCUCUAAUAUGUCAUGGUUUUCAAUGCAAAUUCUCAAUUCUAAUGACUUUUAUUAUUAGUCAACACUGAUUAAAUUUGGGUUGAAAAGUGUAUUGGUUUAUUUUGCUCAAACCAAUGUUUUGUUUGGUCAUCAAUUUUGAUUAUGAUGGUCAUUGUCUUUUGAGACAAAAAUUGGAAAGUGGCAUCAGUUUACUAAUUGAUCAUUUGGUCUCUAUUGAAUAACUGAUAACCAUGUUUCCUCUUUUGAGAACUCUAUUGUUCAAUGUCAAUAACAACAUACUUUUUUGUCUGAUUAAUCUUUUGAGAAUCAUUGAAUAUCCAACAAAACAGUUAUUUAAUACUGUUCUAAAGGCUUAUUUUGAAAAAUCAGAAUUCUAAUUUAUAUGGUGAAUACUUUUGUCCCAAAGGGAAUUUCAGGAAAUCAUUUACCAACUAUAAAUUAAUAUUAUAGCAACAUAAAGUACUUCUAACAUAUUUUCAUUUGGCCAAAAUUGUUGAAGCUAUAUGUAUUUUGUGUAUUUUAUGGUUUGGCUAGCUAUGCAGAUAUUUUCCUUGCAUGAUUAGUUUCUGCCCCAAGGUGUAACAAUCAUGCAAUUUGCAGUUGGUUCGAUUCUCCACAACUCGACUACUUCCAUGAUGAAUCUUGCAUAAUAGAGAGUGAGUAGGUAAAUUUACCAAUCUUUUGCCUUAAUUUUCUCUGAGUUCUAAAUUGGAUUAAAAUUAUUGUUGAAAAAUUGAUGUUAUUUAGAUAUCUAAGUGUUUAUUUUAUUCGACUUUGUUUUAGAAUUAAAACAUAAAUUUUGAGUUUGGAUUCUCUUAUUAGGUUUCAUUUUAAUUGAUGAUCUAAUAUUUAACAAA